UCUAGCUCUGAGUAAUCAGGCGAGGUGUGUCCCGACGUGGUCGUCUGUUUGAAAAAAAAAAAAAAAGGCUUAAAAUUGAGAGUAAGGCCUUUACAAAUUCAGUAAGACGCAAUGAGGCCACUGAAGAACGAAGAAACCGUCUUGGUUUUUACUAAGCUGAAAAAAUACAUUGGAAGUAAUGUCCGAGCCCUCUUAGAACGGUCAGAUGGGCUCUAUUGCUUCUGCCUUCAUAACGGCAGAAUAUAUUAUGUGAAGGAAGACAUAAUGAAGUUUGCUGCAACUCUACCUCGGGACAACAUUGUCUCCCUAGGGGUGUGUUUUGGCAAGAUAACAAAAGGAGGAAAGUUCUUACUUCACAUCACAGCCUUAGACUUUCUUCAUCCUUAUUGCCAGAACAAAAUAUGGAUCAAGGAGUCAGCAGAGCAAAACUUCAUGUAUGGCAAUCAUGUUUACAAGUCUGGCCUGUCACGAAUUUCAGAAAAUACUCCAAAGUAUGCUGGGGUAGUUGUGCUUUCUUCAAAGGAUAUCCCAUUGGGAUUUGGAGUGGCUGCAAAAGCGACAGCGGAAUGUCGACAUGCUGACCCUAUGGAUAUAAUUUGUUUCCACCAAGCAGACAUUGGAGAAUAUGUCAGAAAUGAAGAGGCUUUGAUCUAGGUAUGCAGG